AUGUUCCAGGGGGAUCACGAUGGCAGAGCAGCAACUACAUCAACAACCAUAGCUAUCACCCCAGAAAACCAGGUAGAUAACUCGGCACCGUGUUCACCGCCAAAACAAGCACGUGGCAUCAUCCCCGUGCCCCGCAUACCCAAACCCGCUACUCCACCACCGCCGCCUCGGUUUCCUGGGCCUCACGGAAGACCGCGCCCCAUCAUUCCUGAGUUUCCUUCGUCUCCCGAUCCUCCUAGAUCUCCCAAGUCUCCAAAGUCUCCCAAAUCUUCGGACCGUCCCGAAUCUCCGGAGACUGGAGGGGACGGUCCUUCUUCUACCUCUGAUCAGGAGAACCCGUUGCCGAGACCUACAAGCAACAACUUUGGCGGGCCCGGAUCGAAUUUUAGAUCGGACAGACAGGUUACUAACGUGGGAAACACGUUGAAUCUCCAACACGCAGUUUUGGUGCUCGCUCUGAUGGCGACCGGGGCGAUGGCUGCUGUGUAA